CAAUUCGGUUAUUGUCUCCUCGUGGGGACCUUCCCCUUCAACUCUUUUCUCUCGGGCUUCAUCUCUUGUGUGGGGAGUUUCAUCCUAGCGGUUUGCCUGAGAAUACAGAUUAACCCACAGAACAAAGCGGACUUCCAAGGCAUCUCCCCAGAGCGAGCCUUUGCUGAUUUUCUCUUUGCCAGCACCAUCCUGCACCUUGUUGUCAUGAACUUUGUUGGCUGAAUCAUUCCCAUUUACUUAAUUGAGGAGUAGGAGACUGAAAGAAUGUUCACUCUUUGAAUUUCCUGGAUAAGAGUUCUAGAGAUGGCAGCUUGUUGGGCACAUGGAUUUUCUUCAGAUUUGCACUUACUGCUAGCUCUGAUUUUUAUGCAGGAGAAAAAUCCAGAGUCUACUCUGUAGCAGAACAACUUUGUAACACACAUUUAUUAAUCCAACCUCUGCCUUUCAUUAAAUGUAACCUUUUGCCUUUGAAAUUAAAGAACUCCAUGCAUCUCCUC